UAAACAAUAAAGGUGAAACUGAAUCUCGGUAUGUAUUACACAAACUUUGACACGCACCUUAAAUUGAUAUAAUGAAACGUAUUUCCACCCAAUCGAUAGGCAAACCUAGUGGAAUUAAUGCACUAAUUCCAAGAAUAGUCAGACGUGUUCAUUAGCGGGAGGUCCAUUUAUUACGACGUGCCUCACAGCUGAUUGGCUGCAGAUCGAAUUCUCGUGGACAUGGUAACGCGCUAACAGCGAGAUUGGCAUAUACUGACACGGUGCGCUUAUCAUGGUGACUUGAUAGCCAUUCUGUGAUCAAUAGGAUUCUGUCUUCAUUCGAAAAGGAUAACCCGCAGCACACCUGAGCAUCAUGGUGACUUGAUACGAACGGUAAUGAAAUCUACUGGAGUCAGCGACAAAAUUGCCUGCAUGAUACCGUGGAUCAUACCCGUGGUUGUGACAGCUAUCGAUAGUAUGUUAUCAGCUACUUUAUGUAAUGUAGUUCCGUCAUGUUUCAAAUUCCUUUAGUCAUUUAUCUUCUGUGCUCAUUGUGUCGUAAACAAGUGUAAAGGUUUAAGACAUAUCAAUUUGGUUCUGUAAAUAAAUCCGAAAUACCUGCUAGAGUGAUAUGCCAAAAGGAUAAACAAAACAAUAUCGAGUAUACCAUAGCGUAUUUCUCUCAAAGGUCAAAGAGUCAGUUAGUUUGCUUUUUUUAUUGAUUUUCAGAAAAGCACUUGAGGAAAUCUACUGUGUACCUGUUAGUCUGUGAUAGCCUUAGAAAGACACUGUUAUAUAACAUAUAUUUCAAAUGCGACGUAAAAGUCAUACACUCUCGUAACGUUGGAUUACCUUUAACUUAACAUUGAUUGAAAAGUGAUGGGGAGAUACUGCGGCCAAAUUGUAUUCCUGUGAUAGUGAGGCUAUGCAGUCUUAACCAGUCCAAAUGAUGGCACCGACCCUGCUCGUGCUUGUCAACGCCAUCUUCUUCUCUCUCGUGGGAAGUCUUCUCUGGAUUAUCUGCAUCACGACUGACGGGUGGGACAUGGUGACCUACCGGCGGAGUGUCCUCCAGAACAGUCUCACAGCCGCCAACAAGUCCACCCAAGUCUUCGUCCUCUCACACUAUGGCGAAGAGGGCAGGGGCUACUCAGAAAUUAAGACCACGAGGUACAAUUCUGCUGGGAACCUGACUAGCAUAGAAUACAAAUAUGCCUUUGAUUCGUAUGGGGGUAUGUGGAAGACAUGUGAUUACUUGACUGCUUCUCAAAGACUUGUCCUCCGCGAGAAUAGAACUUCCUGGCAUUCUAAAGGCGAAUGCUUCCAUUAUCUGACGGAGUAUCAAGAACUCAUGAACAGUCUGAAAAAUGAGGCAAAAUGGCUUGUUCGGAUGCAAAACUCAGCUGUCUCGUGUAUUAUAGUGGUCAAUCUGUUGAUAGCCUGCUCGGUGAUGACAACCAUCUAUGGCCUCUGGCACAAGCAAGUAGCAGUGUGUAUGGUAACCUCGGCCAUGUAUGUUAUAGCGGCUGUCUUCUGUAUGUUUGGACUCAGCAUAAUCCACGCCAAAAAUAGCUACAUGAUGGAACCGGAUUGUUAUUCAUUGGUCUAUCAUGAUCCAAUCACGAAACUCAUCUGUCCAUCGAAAGUCGUCUGGCAAGGAUGGUCGAUUGUGAUUGGUUGGGUCGCCAUGUCAUUCUUCCUCCUUUCGUUCUUUUUCUGGUCCUUCUUGUGCAGAUGGAUGAGACAGGAAAAUUCAAAACAUUUUGCGGCAUGAUAGCAUAAGAUAGCACGAGGACAGAAGGUGAUAUCAGAACACGGCGUCUCACUUCAUCUGACUGGUCAUUCUGUGGUUAAUUAGCGUUCCGGUCAUGCGUAUGGAGGAUGGCACCUUGUAUGGAUUGCUCACGAACGCAUUUCCACUUCGAAAAAAAGACUGAAACAAGACUACAACUGAUGAGACCGCGGUGGCGAUGUGUUGUAAUGGAGAGACUACAGACACUUUCAGACAUUAAUAUAUUUCAGUGCUGUAAUGGAAUUUGCUGCUUUCAAUUUCGUAUUUUUUUAUAGUAUUAUAGUAUACUUCAGCACUGAACGGGUUGCUUUUGACGACCGGCUGAGCUACAUUGACAGUCGAAAUUGGAAACAGCUGAUGGUUUAUGAUUCAAAUGCUUCUGUGACAUGUAAGUUGUAGGUAUAGUAUCAUAGGCCUAUAUACAUGUACAGUGUAGAGCACUAAAUAUACAGUUGUAUUCGUGUUGAUAUAAACCAAUGAUCUUAUCGACUUAUUACAAUUUGCGAGCCCCUGUAUAUAUUGUACAUAGGUAUUUUUGGUCCACCGUCCUUAUACUUUUCGUAGUGAAGCUGACGAUACAGACGCAGUCUGAAAAUAUAUAUCAUUAUAAGUCUCCUAGAGCU